AUGUCUGGUACAAAAUUUGUAGCUCAGACUUGGCUCUUUCCAACCAAAAAGAGUUUGACUGAUUCAGAAGUUCAUGUACUGAUUAUAACGUGUGAUGUUGAAAUUAAGGAACUAUAUGAAUGUCAUUGUUGUUUACGUCUUGUUUGUUUAUAUCAUUUGAAUGAACAUGUUCAAAUAGAAAAAAACAAUAAACGACCAUUGGAUAGUUUCAAUGCAUUAAAUACAAUUGUAAAUGCAUUAAAACAAAUUGUUGAACAAAAAUUAUUAAUGAUUGAACGCGAACAAAAUUUGAUUGUAGAAGUAAAAAAAGUUCUUGAUUUACCCAGUAAUUCAAUUGAUACAAUACAAAAUAUUUUCGAAAAAAUUAAGCAAACAAUAAAACCAAAUCGAUCAGAAGAAGUCAUGGUGAAAGUCGAACAAUCAUUAUCACCAACUAGAAAUUGCUCUUGUGUUUGUAAAUGUAAUACGGAAAAUAUGAAUUCAAAUGAUGUAGCAUACCAAUCGGGAAUCUCGAAAGAUGAUGAAUAUUCAACGGAUAUCAGUUAUGAUUUUAUUGAUCUUGUUUCAUCUGAUGAAACAGAAGAAUCUAUUCAGGAUCAACAUGUCAAUGAAGAAGAAGGAAAGAAACGUAAACGAAAAUCAGUCAGAGGAAUUGUUAAUAAAUGUUCAUUAACGUUUAAUGGAGCAUAUGGCUUUACUAAAGCAAAUCAUUCUAUUGAAUUUUUAUAUGCUCAACGUUUGGUACGAGCUGCUGCUGAUAAUCAAGAUUCUAGAAUAACAAAAUUAUGUGACGGAAAUGAAAAUGUACUUAAUCCCUGUAGUAAAGUCCCAUGUCCUUUUUCUUCUGGACGAAUUAAUUUAUCAGAAUACACUCGAGAAAAUGUUGUAAAUGUACCAGGUCAACGUCGAUUAGUUCCACUUAAUAUAUUCAAAGGACAUUUACAAUUUCAUCAUAAGAUUUCUAAUUCGUUGGCACAAAAAUCAGUUGAUGAUUUCUAA